AUGAAGAGAUAUCUAGAAGAGGUGAAGAAUCGAAUCGAUAGUCUCGAAGUCAGAUUUGUUCAAAUCCCAAGGAGGGAAAAUGAAUGUGCCGACCGCCUAGCAAAAGCGGCCUUGGCAGAAUUUAUGCUUGUCCCCGAACAAGUAUUGUCAUUUGUUCAAAUCUCCUCACUGAUUGAUGACGGAACAAAUGUGCAAGAAGUAGAUUCUGAAAGAAAUUGGACUACGCCAUUGAUAUCGUACCUGAAGACUAGCGUAUUACCAGACGAGAAUGACGCCGCCAGGAAGUUAAAGGUCCAAGCUGCACGGUUUGUGCUAAUAAAAGAUGUCUUAUACAAAAGAGGAUUCUCUCGAUCGUAUCUGAGGUGUUUAAGCCACGAGGAAGCAAAUUACGUAAUGAGAGAAGUCCACGAGGGUAUCUGCGAAAACCACUCGGGGGCACGGUCAUUAAUACACAAGUUGAUCCGAGCAGGAUACUAUUGGCCUAUAAUGCUAAAAGAUACACAAGCUUAUGUCAAGGCCUGCAACAAAUGUCAAAGGUUCAGUAAUCUCAUCAGGCAACCGUCCAAAGAGCUGACUCCCAUGACAGCCCCUUGGCCCUUUGCUCAAUGGGGACUAGAUAUCAUGGGCCCCUUCCCAACAGCAGUUAGGUACGGAAUACCUAGAGUGCUUGUCUCCGACAACGGGAAGCAAUUCGACAACAGCGCAUUUAGGGACUUCUGUUCAAAGCUAGCAAGAACACCCACUAGAGAAACGCCUUUUCGACUAGCAUACGAAAGUGACAUUGUCAUCCCAGCAGAAGUAGGGCUCACAAGCUAUCAAGUGGAGAACUACGACGAGAUUAAGAACGAAGAGGCCAUGCGCCUUCAACUCGACCUGGUGGAUGAAGUACGAGUGACAGCGGAGCAAAGGAUGGCGCGAUAUCAGAAUCUCAUGGCGAAACACUACAACUCCAAUGUCAAGCAUAGAGACUUUCAGGCUGGAGAUCUUGUACUACGAAAGGUAAUGGGUGCUACUAGAGAUCCUUCGCAAGGAAAGCUCAGCCCCAAUUGGGAAAGACCCUACAGGAUCACAUCAUGGCAGAGGAAGAGCACCUACCACCUCAAGAAGCUAGACGGUCAAAAACUUCAGCACCCAUGGAACACGGAGCACCAACGGAAAUACUAUCAGUAG